UGUACUUGCAUUCCAUAAGUUCCUCAUUCCUUAUCAAACACAGCAUAUAGCAAAACAAUGGGAAAUUGCAUAGUUUUGCAAGAAAAGGUUGUCAAAGUAAUGAAAACAAAUGGGAAAGUCCUUGAAUAUAAACCUCUGGUGAAGAAAGACAAUGAAGUGUUGCCUCUAGUACAAGAGCCACCAACAAAAGUGCCUGUCAAAAAGAAGGUCACUUUUGCAGAAGAAGUUGAGGAAAGUAGCAAAAAAGGUUCAGAUCAGGUUUUAAGGAUUAAGCUUGUCAUUAGUAAGAAAGAGUUGCAGGCUCUUUUGAGUGAAGGAGGAGGAUUAACAGUUGAUGGAAUGGUUCAAUAUCCACUUCAGAAAGAACACAACUCCAAUAUUGAGAUAAUCAAGAGUGAUGAGUUCACUGAUGAUGACAAUGAUCAUUGUAUACGAUGGAAGCCUGCUUUAGAUAGUAUACCUGAAUUAUACUAGCUUAUUAGUGAAGGGGAGCCUCGGAGUAACGGUAAAAUUGCAUCCGUGUGACCUAAAGGUCAUGGGUUCGAGCCGUGUAAGCAGGCACUAAUGAUUGCAUUAGGUUAGGUUGGCCCUUCCCCUGACCAUGUGUGAGCGCGGAAUGCCUUGUGUAUCGGGCUGCCUUUUAUAUACUAGCUUAUUAGUCUUCUUUGGGUUUUAGUUUCCCAUGUUGUAAACUUGUAAUAUAACUAUAGUCAACUAUAGUAAGAUGCUAAGAACCAGAGAGGUACCAAGAAAACAGGUACUACUGUUUUAGUUUCUCCUCCUAGAAACAGAAGUACUUGUUUUCUUAGUUCAAGUGAAACUUUGCAAAUUCAGUAGCUAGUCUUCUUCAAUAUCUCCACUUUAAUUUCCCCUACGCAAGUUCUGGCGCCAAAGUUAAUAAACUGCAAAGUUCAGGGGAGUAAUCAGGACCAGAAAUAGUUCAUGCACCAAAUAAAAUGUUAAGUUUAGGGGGUCCCAAGAUAUUUUGCCAUUUUAAUA